AUGAUGGCCGGCCUGCUUAUAAAGCAGAUUUUUACCGCCAAUGUCUGCCACACAUUUUCCAUGACCACAAGCCAACAUUUACUCAUGGUUCAACGCAAAAAUAUUAUGAUUCGAAGCAACCCCCAGCACACAACUGCCGGUAAUCAGGCCUUGGAGCUUGUCAUUCUUGACUGGGAGAAGUCUGGUUGGUAUCCAAGUUACUGGGAGUACUGCCUAGCUGUUUGUGCAUUACGCUGGGAUGAUGAUUGGGGCCUCUGGAUUGAGAAAAUGCUAGAUCCAUUUAUACCUGAGGUUCCCUGGCUGCAAAUGCUUUGCCUAGAAUUGUGGUCCUAG